AUGACUCAAGAAGAGGUAGUACAUGUUGCUGAGAACCCAGCCGCUGUAAAUGCAGUAAAGGAGGUCAAGAAAUCAAAAGGUAAGAAGAAGGGUAAGGGUAAGCCUUCUCCUGAGGAGAUAGCAAGGAUUAGGGCAGAAAGAGAAGCCAUGCGUGAAGCUAAACGUCAGGAAAUGUUGGAGCGUGGUGUCGACCCGGACUGUCCACCUGAGUUGCAGUUCAUAAGAAGAAAUAUGCUGAAGUUGCAUGAAGAAGAACCAGUUGAAGGCUUGAAAAUCAAAAUUAUGAGCUAUAACUGUCUUGCCCAAGCCUUAAUACGUCGGAAAUUGUUCCCAGAUAGUGGUGAAGCGUUGAAAUGGUAUCGUAGAUCUAGGGUGUUACUCAAUGAAUUCAAGCAUUAUGACCCCGAUGUUCUCUGCUUGCAAGAAAUUGAUUACAUACAAUAUCAGUCAUUUUGGAAAGAGGAAUUUCAAAAAUUGGGUUAUUCAUCUCAAUUCCACAGGAAACCUAGUAAGAAUCAUGGUGUUUGCAUAAUAUGGAAGCACGAAAAAUUUGAGAUGUCUGACCGAAUGUUGAUAGACUUUGACUCUGAGAAGUCUGGUGAUAUUGAACCCCGUACUACAACUAACAAUGCAGCUUUGAUUUUGGCAUUGAAAUUUACACAAAAAGUGAAGAUGAUGGGCAAGAAAUUGCUAGAUGAUAAGUCAGGUAUCUUGGUUGGUACAACACAUUUAUUUUGGCAUCCGUUUGGUACCUAUGAAAGAACCAGACAGUGUUAUGUGGUACUGAAUAAGAUGAAAGAAUUCAUGCACAGGGUAAACGUCCUUCAGAAUAAUAAUGAUGGUGACAUGUCCCAUUGGUAUCCGUUUUUCUGCGGUGAUUUCAACUCACAACCAUUUGAUUCACCUUACUUGUCGAUGACUUGCAAGCCAAUAAAGUAUGAUUCAAGAGCUAAAACUGUUAUUGAGUGUAGCACUUCUUUCAAGUUCUCUAAAAAAAGAGAGAGUGGAGAAGACGCUGAAGAUGAAGAAGGUGGAAAUAUCGAAAAAUUUGGUAAGGAUCAACCACAAACACCUGUACCAGAGAAAUUUGUCGCAAAUGAUGAACAAACAAAGCUAGUUUCUCAAAUGGAAGAACUGCAUAAUUCCUUGGAUAUGAGAGCUGUAUCAUUGUAUUCUGUUGCGUAUCAUAAGGUUCAUCCAGAAAACUCGGGUUUAGAUAAUGAAAGAGGCGAACCUGAAAUUUCAAACUGGGCACAUACAUGGCGUGGCUUACUGGAUUAUAUGUUCAUGAUUAGAAACUGGGAAUUUGAUGAUAGGACAGAGAUAGAUACGUUGGAAGACUUUGAAAAUUCUAAUAAUAUCAAAAUUAGAGGUCUUCUAAGAAUGCCUCCGGGAUCUGAAAUGAGCACUCAUGGCCAGCCACAUGUAGGUGAAUAUCCAAGUGAUCAUUUGUGUCUUCUGUCCGAGGUCGAACUUAGAUGA